AUGGAUCCAUCCCCGACAGCCUUUAUCCCGAAGCCUCUUCGUAUUAUCGUUAUAGGCGCUGGAAUAUCGGGUAUUCAGUGUUUAAAAGACGUAACUACACGGUUACAAAAUGUCAGCAUCACUGCUUACGAUAAGAACAGCCAGGAAGGAGGAACCUGGGCCGAAAAUAGAUACCCUGGAUGCUCAUGUGAUAUCCCAUCCCACGCCUACCAAUACAGCUGGAACCCCAAUCCUCGGUGGAGCCGCUUGUAUGCAGAGGCAUCUGAAAUUCUGGAUUAUCUGAAAGCGACGGUGACUAAAUUCAAUCUCCGACAAUACAUUCAAUUCAAUACAACAUGCACCGGAGCAAGUUGGGAUGAGAGACACUCUGAAUGGCAUGUUACCUUGCAAAAAAGUGGGGUUCCUGACAAAGAAAUCAAGGUCAAAUGCGAUGUUUUCAUUCUUGCCACAGGAAGGCUGAACAACUGGAAGCUACCAGACAUAGAAGGCCUUAACAAGUUUCAAGGAUCUGUAAUACACACAGCUGACUGGCAAAGCGGCUUAGACUAUCGUGGUAAGGAUAUAGCUGUGAUAGGAAAUGGAGCAAGCUCAACCCAGUGUUUAGCCAAGUUAAGCAAAGAUGCGAAAUCUAUUGGCAAUUUUAUUCGUGGACCAACAUAUCUGGUCCCGCAUGUCUUCUCUCACAAUGGAGAACCGCAGGUCAACUAUUCCAAAGAUACAAUCGAGGAGUUUGAAAAUAACCCUAGCUCAUACCUCCAAUUCCGCCAACAGCUGGAACAAAAGCUAGCCCAUAGUUUUAAAGGUCUUUGGGCCGAGUCAAAAGCUGCGGAAGAAUUUACACAAACUGCAAAGCAGCACAUGAUCAAAAAGAUUGAGGAUCCGCAUGCUUUAGAGGCUCUCCUUCCAACUGACUACAAGGCUGGUUGUCGCCGUUUCACACCUGCCGACAUGUACAUGGAGGCUUUGAAUCAGUCGAAUGUUGAGCUCAUUUCUACCCCUAUCAAGCUAGUGGAAGGAGAUGCUAUCAUCACGAGUGACGGCAAACGGCGUACAUAUGAUAUAAUUGUCUGCGGUACAGGAUUCGAGCCUUAUACGCCAAGGUUUCCAAUUAAAGGCCGGGGAGCAGCUGAUUUGUCAGACCUAUGGUCAAUGGAGGGUGGUUAUGAGAGCUACUUGGCAGCAACAGUCGCUGGCUUCCCUAACUUCUUCGUUUUCAAUCCGCCCAUGUGUCCAGUGAACGGUUCAGCAUACCCGGGAAUCGAGCGAGCGAGCGACUACAUGAUCAGAGUAAUAGACAGGCUUCAGACAGAUUGCUUGAAAUCGGUCUGUGUUAAACAGUCAGCCCAAGACGCUUUCAACCAGUGGGCUCAAUCACGUAUGCAUGAGAUGGUCUGGACGGGGCCAUGUUCAUCGUGGUAUAAGCUCUCUAAUGGAAAAGUCAUAGUUCCUUGGCCAGGGACAAUGCUGCACUACUACGCCGCUACAAAGAUAGUAAGAUGGGAGGACUAUGAUAUGGAGUUUGAGGACAAGAAGCAAAAGUUUGCAAGUUUCGGAAAUGGUAUAACUCUAUUUUCCAUGCACGAGUUACUCUUAUUUGGCAAGCCAUCCUCAAUACUCGCCUUGACCUAUGAUUACAUCCUUAUUACACUGGACGGAAAGUCCGUGCAAAGCGAAGAGGGUGAAGCUCUUGUCAAGAUAAUUCGCCCGGCAGCCCGUAAGAAAACUACCAAAGUCAUCAUCGGCAUUGUCUUCUUGGAUCCCAGAGAUUGGUUUCUAGAGAAAUUUGGUCUACCAGGUGAUCAGGUUACCAGUGGCGGUCUAGGUUUACCAACACAUUCUGGCAAGACCACGAACCUUCCAGUCUACCCGUCGACCUAUGUUGAUUUGGUAAGGAAGUCCAAUGUGGCAUACAUGGAUAACAUCGGCAAUGGUUUCAUCCUGGAUGAUUACGUCCCUCAAUUUCGAGCACCUUUCCAGAGCUUCUAG